UUGUGACCUUUUGUCUCUUCUUCUCUAAUUCUCUUUCUCCUUCCAAAAACUAAAAAAUGUAUGCAAUGAAAGAAGAAGACUGUCUUCAAACGUUUCACAACUUACAAGACUAUCAAGACCAGUUUCUUCUUCAUCACCAUCCACAAAUCCUCCCUUGGUCGUCGGCAUCUUUACCUUCUUUUGACCCGACCCAUUUCCCAUCUAACCCGACCCGUUAUUCUGAUCCGGUCCACUACUUCAACAGAAGAGCUUCUUCCUCAUCUUCCUUUGACUAUAACGACGGUUUUGUCUCUCCUCCUCCUUCCAUGGAUAAUCAUCAGAACCAUCUAAGGAUUUUAUCCGAAGCUCUCGGACCCAUCAUGCGUCGUGGCUCGUCCUUUGGGUUCGAUGGUGAGAUCAUGGGAAAAUUGAGUGCACAAGAAGUCAUGGAUGCUAAGGCUUUAGCUGCUUCAAAGAGUCAUAGUGAAGCUGAGAGAAGAAGACGAGAGAGAAUCAACACUCAUCUUGCUAAGUUGCGUAGUAUAUUACCAAACACAACCAAAACGGACAAAGCUUCUUUGCUAGCUGAAGUGAUCCAACACAUGAAGGAGCUAAAACGACAAACAUCACAGAUCACCGACACGUGUCAAGUCCCAACAGAGUGCGAUGAUCUGACCGUCGAAUCGUCUUACAACGACGAAGAAGGAAACUUGGUGAUAAGGGCAUCCUUUUGCUGCCAAGACAGGACUGAUCUCAUGCAUGACGUCAUCAAUGCCUUAAAGUCUCUUCGUCUUCGAACUCUCAAAGCUGAGAUCGCAACCGUUGGUGGUCGAGUCAAGAACAUCUUGUUCUUGAGCCGAGAAUACGAUGAUGAAGAAGAUCAUGAUUCAUAUCAUAGAAACUUCGAUGGUGAUGACGUGGAGGCUUAUGAUGAAGAGAGGAUGAUGAAUAAUCGUGUGAGUGUGAUAGAAGAAGCGUUAAAGGCGGUUAUAGAGAAGUGUGUUCAUAAUAAUGAUGAGAGCAAUGAUAACAAUAACUUGGAGAAAUCAUCUUCAGGGAGUAUUAAGAGGCAAAGGACUAGUAAGAUGGUGAAUCGAUGUUAUAAUUAGUUAAUUAAGUCAAGUCUUUAUU